AUGCCCCUCGACUUUCGCUUGCUUCUUAUCCUCGCCGCCCUCGGCGCGCUCUACUUGUUGCCCUCUGAUGUGUCGGCCGACUUCACCGAUACGAGCGAGGGCCCCGGCGAGGAAUUGGCGGGCUCCGAAUCUGGAUCCAAAUCGGAGAUGGCCGCGCGAAAGGCUUAUACACCCACGACGUUCUUGCCCGGCCAGGUCAUCGAGCCCGUCUACAACUCGAGUCUGACGGUGGGUAAGCGGUUUCGGUACAGCUACUUGCCGCUCUACGAUUCGACGGAGUACAUCUCCGUCACGCUCGCGGUGCAGCAUCGUCGCGAAGAGGCUCGAGCGACUGCCGGCGAGGGGUUCACCAACUAUACCGUAAGGCACUCCUUCGAACGGAUCUGCACGACCGAGUGCCGCUCGUAAAGGUCUCUUUGCUAAUCCUUGCCCUCGUCUGCAUGUCUACUGCCUCCACCACCACAGUUGACGAGCUCUCUCGCGCGAGAUGCAUCGGACACCGGUAGCGGCGGCAGAUUGCAGAGCUGGUUCUUGGUCCCCCAAAACGCCUUGCCGAGCGAUGAUGGGACUUACUUCUCCUUCGUGAGUAGAUUUCUUUGCGGACACCUACACAAAGGAAACGCAGGCUGACGAGAAUUUGUCCACCUUGUCUCUAUGGGGACAGAUCGAGACGGUCGAACAUCAAGACACCCAAGACUCGUCCAAGUCGAGCCACGACGAUCGGCUCCACAAUUACUUGGUCGAGGUCAAGCUGGUUCGGUAG